UUUAAUUACCCCCUGUACUAACUAAUCAAAAAAAAUUUAGAGAUUAAAAAGAUGGUAGUAUAAAAAUUUUCAAAUUGCGGAAGGUCGUGCUACUUAGGAGUUGUAUUUCUUUUACUUAAAAAUGAAUUCUACUUGUUGCUGUUGCUGGGAAAAGUAUGGCGAAAGAUCAAAAUCAUUGAAAAAAAUUAAUAAAAACUUAGAAGAACAAAUUCAAAUGUUUAUCUUUCCUGGAUAUUCGAUGAACAACGAUUGCUAUCCAUCAGUUGUUUGUCCUGGUUGCCGAAGAAAUCUUUACAGACUCAAAAAGGGAGACUCACCUCGUGGUGAAUGGGGAGCUAAGGUAGAGUGGAAAACCCUUUUGAGAAAUAGCCCCAGAACCAGUCUAACUCUUCCAGAUGAGAUAACUAAUUUUCCGACAACUAAGUCAAGUAUAUCAAAUUUAAAGAAUUCAUUUCUUUCCGCACAAGAAGUUGCAGUAAAUUUAAAUAAACAAAUAAAUACAACAUGGAAAGUCCACAUUCUACUGUGUCAUGUACAGCCAUAUGUGGAACACCAUAACAAAGGAUUGGGUAACUUUGCUGAACAAUGUGGAGAAAGUAUUCAUGCAAAGUUUAAGCCAACAUGGACAAGGUUUAAGAGACAAAUAGAGCAUUCCGAACAUGGUGACAGGCUAUUAUCAGCAGUAGUUGAUUUUGGAGCAAAAAGAAUUAGAUUUUGUUUAUAAAUUUAUUUAUGUAGUUAUAUGUAUAUAUGUAUAUUUAUAUUGUGUGUGUGUGUGUGUGU